AUGAGUAUGGUGGAUUACCACCAGAUUACUUCAACGGCAAGCACUGGCCGACAGUACGACCUUGUUUUUGUGUCGUUUUGGACUGAGCCAGCUCUAGUCUUCACUUUGUACUAUCACUUGGACCUCCUCAAAUCAAAUGGUCAUUUUGCAUUGCAUGAUAAUCGUCACGACAUAAUUGAUUACAUACCAGGUGUGAAGGCAAUUGAGUCAAAAGAUUUACCGUCGUACCUUCAAGAAACUGAUGUCUCCACCAUAAUGCAUAGACUAAUAGAUGAGGCAUUCAAGGAUGUAGAAAAGGCUGAUUUCAUUCUUUGCAACACAAUUGAAGAGCUUGAAUUGGAGGCCAUCUUGGCCUUACAAGAGAAGCAACCGUUUUAUGCAAUUGGGCCACUUCCAUCUGGGUUCACCAAGGGCAUUGUGCCCACCAGCUUAAGGCCGGAGUCCAAUUGCACCCAAUGGCUCAAACCCAAGCCUUGUGGUUCAGUCUUGUGUGUUUCAUUUGGUAGUUUUCUGACUUCUAGAAAGAGGGACAUUGACGAAAUAGCCCAUGGACUUGCCCUUAGUAAAGUGAAUUUCAUAUGGGUUCUUCGUCAUGAUGCUGUGAGUUAUGAAGAAUCUUAUGUCCUACCAAUUGGAUUUGAAGAAGAAGUCGAGGACAGGGGCUUAGUUGUAAAGUGGACCAAUCAGUUUGAGAUUGAAGUAAUCUCACAUCCAUCUAUUGGUGGGUUCUUAACACAUUGUGGAUGGAAUUCAAUAUCACAAAGUAUUUGGUGUGGUGUUCCUAUAUUGUGUUUUCCUCUAACGACUAAUCAAAUCACUAAAAAAAUUGCUAGUUGA